GAUGUAAUCCAAAAUAUGUUUAUCAAUGUGGUAGUUCUACAGGCGAGAUCUGUGAAUAUGGUCCUAGAGAUUCAUGUAAGCAAUGUGGGGCAUUAUCGUGCCCAACAAGUAUAAAUUCAACGAAAAUUACAAAUUCGGCAUCAAACGAUUCAAAACAACAAAUGAUUGCUCUCAUAAUACCUUGUAUAAUAAUCUUUGCAAUUAUAGCCCUUGUACUCGGUUACUUAAUUUAUCAAAAACGUAAAGAUGAUGUAAACAAUAGAAAUUUUGCUUCAUAA